AUGAGCCAAGCUACCGUGAACGGUCAAACGCGUGAAGAGCUCGAGAUAAAUACACUAUCUCUGUUCGAUGUCCUCCAUAACUCUCUAAUCCUCCGUACUCUUGCGCCCUACCUGCCUAUAUACAGCCUGCUUCAACUUUCCGCUACCAAUAAAGAGUUCCGAUCUCUUAUCCGCAACACCCCCGGCGUAUUUCGGCACCUCGACCUCACACGGGUCAAAAGGGCCCAGUUCGACAUCAACCCCAUCGACAACGGUGGUGAAGUGUGGCGCAAUGUCCAACUGGAUGAAAACCUGAGUGAAGAUGAUUUCUAUUCCGGUCCGUUGAGAGGCGUGUUCAACACCAUCCAGCGGCAAGACAUCUGGAAGCAUGUCCAGACCUUGAUCCUCGAUGGCCUGUCAGUCACUUCCGACCUGUGCCACGAGCUCAUCAACGACACUUCAUAUAGUGUGCGCAUCCUGAGCAUCCGAGACGUCAAAAACUUGAACCAGGCCAAGUUCCGCGGGGCCCUGCAGUAUGCUUGUCGGUCGACGCGACCUGAGAACUCUCCGCGGCUCAAGGCACUCUACGUAUUCGGCUCCAAGGAGGUGCAUCCAGAGACGGAACCGGCCCUGCAGGACCGGGAACCUCGAGCCUCCAUCGGUUCCGGGUGGAACCACAAGAGCCACCGAGCUCUCGCGUCCUCUCUCGAGCGAGAAGGCGACAGCUGGUGGUGCAAACGCGGCCGAGUCAUCACGCGGCCCAUCUCGCAGGAAUGGAUCAACUGCAUGGCGGCGUGUGAAGGCAUCAUUGCCUUUGACGCGGUCCUCUGCAAGGGGCCCCGGCACAGAAACUCACCCGCCUUCGGGCGACCCUUGAUGAUGGCGGACAACGCGCCGGCCGUGGCCACGCACGCCGUGGGCGGCUGUGAUGGCUGCGGCAAAGCGCCAGAGGGCUUGGUGUCGGAGGCGCGCUGCCCGCCGCAGUGCCUGCCUCUUCUCGCCCCCGUCCCCAUCAUGACAUCUUCGGUCCGCGCCGCGACUUGUCCCUCGCAGCCCGGCCAGAGCUUUGUCCCGCGGUGCCCCGACUGCCUCCGCGAGCGCUACUGCACGUGCUGCAACAAGUGGUGGUGCGAAUCAUGCUUCCAGCUUCCCGGCCAGGGACAGGACGCGGGCGUGAACAACUUCAUCGUAGUAGAUGAGGACGACGGUGUGGCAAACUUUGCUCAGAUCCUAGACUUGCAGGACAGCACACCCAAGAUCAAGGUACGACACGGUACAUGUUUCCAAUGUUCGGCAGCGAGACUGGCUGCCCAGGAUGAGAUACUCUGA